UGUGACUGGGGCGAGGGAAGGGGACGAGACCCCUGUGUUUAAAAGGCGAAGGAGGUCCAGUUCUGUGAUCUCCACAGACAUGGCACACAGUCAGUCCAACAGCAAGUCACACAGGAGGACCUCGCUGCCAUGCAUCCAGAGGGACCAGAUGCCAGAAUGGGACAACAAGAGAAGCUCAAGAGGAUCUCAGUCGUUGGGCACCAGUGUGGUGGUGGAUAUAGCUGUGAUGGGCGAGGCCCACGGUCUGAUCUCAGACCUGCUGGCGGACCCCUCGCUGCCCCCCAACACCUUCACCUCCCUCCGUGCCGUCAGCAGCCUGCUCACCACUCAGCUCAACUUCCAGCCCCUGCACCGUCCGCGCCUCGCUCCCCUGGGCGUCAACCUGGGAGACGCCUACAUCUGCUCCGACUCAGAGGAGGGAUCUGAGAAGAUAGGGGAGAGGACCAAUACCUUGCCUAAGCGUCUGCGGCGUAGCCUGCACCCGGGGCUGUUGAGGAGGACCUCUUCUACAUGGACCACCACCACCUCAGCGACGGGCCUGCCCACCAUCGAACCCGGACCAGUACGCAGGGCCAGCAUCAGCAUCAAACCCUUCCACGAACCGCUCGUCUGCAGCUGUGGGAGACCGUACAUAAAGCUGAGCCAUGGGGAGGGAUCCAUGGACAAAGGGGACAGGAUCCACCGGACAGAGGAUCAGGUGGUGGCAUCGUCAGACUACGACAGUACCCACGAGGCCAACCACAGCGACAGCAGCGACGUAGCGCCGACAGAGGAGGGGGACGCAGAAGGGGGCAAAAACACCCCCCAAAACCUCAUCAUGCUACCUGCAGAGGAAAAGCCCCAGCUGGCCCCGGAGCCAUUAGUGAUGGAGGACUUGGAGCCCCUAAUGAGCCACCUCAACCAAUGGAACUUCCCCAUCUUCAGCUUGAUGGAGAAGACCCAGGGCAAAUGUGGCCGCAUCCUCAGCCAGGUCUCUCACAGGCUUUUUGAAGACACAGGCCUAUUUGAGACCUUCAAGAUCCCGGUUCAUGAAUUCAUGAACUACUUCCAUGCUUUGGAGAAUGGCUACAGAGACAUACCAUAUCACAACAGAAUCCACGCUACAGACGUUCUCCAUGCUGUCUGGUACCUCACUACCCAGGCCGUACCAGGUCUGCCCAGCCUCAUCACUGACCAUUGCUCUGCCAGCGACUCAGACUCUGACAGUGGCAUCACACACAGUCACAUGGGCUACCUGGUGUCGAAGACCUACAGCGUGUCGGAGGAUGGGUAUGGUUGCCUGUCGGGGCUCAUCCCAGCCCUGGAGCUCAUGGCUCUCUACGUAGCAGCAGCCAUGCAUGACUACGACCACCCUGGCAGGACUAACGCCUUCCUGGUGGCCACAAGUGCACCACAGGCAGUGUUGUAUAACGACAGGUCGGUGCUCGAGAACCACCACGCCGCCUCUGCCUGGAAUCUGUUCAUGUCCCGUCCGGAGUAUAACUUCCUCGUCAACCUGGACCACGUGGAGUUCAAACGCUUUCGCUUCCUGGUCAUCGAGGCCAUUCUUGCCACUGACCUCAAGAAACACUUUGACUUCCUGGCAGAGUUCAAUGCCAAGGUAGGUGAUGACGUGACGAGGGGUAUUGAUUGGUCCAAUGAGAAUGACAGACUGCUGGUGUGUCAGAUGUGCAUCAAGCUAGCUGACAUCAACGGCCCACUGAAACACAAGGACCUGCACCUACAGUGGACCAAGGGCAUCGUCGAUGAGUUCUAUGAACAGGGUGACGAGGAGUCCAGCCAAGGCCUUCCCAUCAGCCCCUUCAUGGACCGCUCUGCUCCUCAGCUGGCUAAGCUCCAGGAGUCCUUCAUCACCCACAUCGUAGGACCGCUCUGUAACUCAUACGACUCCGCAGCACUCAUGCCUGGACGUUGGGCGGAGCCUAACCCCGAGGAGGAGGAGGAGGAAGAUGAAGAGGAGGAUACGACAGAGGAUGAAGAUGGGUCUACUAGCUCAGAGGCAUCGCAGAAAGGCAAAGCAGCUCCCAAGAAGAGGAGGAAAGUGUUCUGUCAGAUCACCCAGCACCUGAUGGACAACCACGAGAUGUGGAAGAAGGUGAUCGCAGAGGAAACCCCCAAGCAAAACAAUGUAGCUGAGCCAAUCCUAUCCAUCCACGAGGAGGAGGAGGAGCCAGGAAGCAGGGAGGAUGUAGUGGAGGGGGAGGAGCAAGAAGAGGAAGGGGAGGUGCCAGAGGAGGAAAUAGACGAGGAGUGGCCAGCGCCCCCGCAGGACGAGUCUGAACCUGCAGAAGAGGCUGGGCCAGAGUGAGGGCCCCAAAGGCUCGUGGCGAGUGCUAUUCGGGAUCCUUGGGAUAUUUCCACCCUAAACCCUAACCCCUACCCUAAACUUAACCAUAACCCUUACCUAACCUUAACCCCUUACCUAAACCAUUUUAAAUCUAAAAUUAAAUGGGGUAGGGAUGUCCCAAGGAUCCCAGAUAGCAAGGACCAAAGGUUCUUGGGGAAUGAAAUAAAGCAGCCGCUAUCCCGAGGCAGAACAUGAAAUUAGUUUUUCUAUCCUAUUGACAAACAGGCUGACUGAUUUUUCUUGUUUUUGCCAGCACAUUCACUUAGACACUGUAGAAGUUUGGGACAUUGUGCCUAAUGAAAAUGUAACACAGGGUGGGGAGAUAUUUACUUGUGUUUUACACAUUUUAUAUAUAAAAACACAGAAUACAAGUCAGGUUCAGAAACAUCGGUCAAUCAUCCUCUUGAGUAACUUUCCAUUAUUACAAUAACCUACAGGAUCAUCUACUGGACGUAACAAACUGGUGUAAGAGUUCACGAAAUACACAGACUCUUUUUGCUACCGUCAAGAGUGGAUUGAGACUUGGUCGUGAAGACCUCAAACCCAUUGUGUAAACAACGGACUGCAGAGACUGCCGCCAAUUUAUAUAUAAGAAAUAUUUUCUAAAAUGCAAUUAUACUUAAACAUCACAUGCACCUGUACUCAUGUGUUUUGUUUAUGGGGGGGGGGGGGGAUUUUAAGUAUUUUCUCUGGGUCUGAUAAAUCUCAGUAAUAUGGUUCUAUUUUUACUAUGUGGAUUGAGAAGGGAAAAAUUAGACUGAACAGCUUCAUACAAAUCUACAUUUUCCAUCUUUAUUAAUGUUCUUUAAUUGAUUCCACAUUGCAUCUCACACCUAUAAUCUGUAAGCACACGACCGCAAGCAUGCCCUCUCGGUAUCUUUUGGUUUUACUGACAAACUGAAACGGUCGGUAUAGCCCACCCUUUUAAUAUAGGCCCCUCUAGGAUCUAUGACAUCGGCAGAACCAUCAGCUGGUAACUUUUCUCAUGUCAUGCUACUCCAGGUGAACAGACCAUAUUUUACUUCAGCCUUCAGCCUUUUUGACCAAUGGCUUGGUUCAGAGGAAGUUGGAACACACUGAAAGGAGAGGAGGAGAGGAGUCAGAAAAAUACAUGCUAGUACUUUAGGUCUCAUGAGUGUUUCUCUAAUACAGUUCAUUGAAAACAGGCCUAGUGUGUAAGAUAAUGAGGUCCUAUGACUAUAAGGCAUAGUUCCUCAACCUAACUCAAAGACAGGAUUCUUCCUCCACUACCAGAUAAGCUGACUACAUAGAUCACCAGGAGACAAUAUACUGUUUUUACUACUUAUUGACUAUUGAUUCUCGUUUCAGUAACCCCUCCCCUUUCCAAUAGACACAAAACGUUCAUUUUAGUUUGCCUUUGUUUAACCAGGUAAGUCAUUGAGAACACAUUCUCUUUUUACAAUAAUGACCGAACAGGUACAUGGUAACACAGGAUCACACACACACACACACGCACACACAUAGUAUACAAUCUCUAAGCCAUACAACGAGGAACCAUUUACUGUGAGGUUAUUUUAAGGGAGUGGGCAGAGUAGCCCAUAAUGGCCCUAGCUUUGACAGCUAGUCUCCAUCCUAAAUGGCUCCCUAUUCCCUAUAUAGUGCACUACUUUAGACCAGGGCCCUAUAGAACCCUAUUCCCUAUAUAGUGCACUACUUUAGACCAAGGCCCUAUAGAACCCUAUUCCCUAUA